AUGAGCAGCGAUAACAACCAGGAUGAGGAGGUGCUGAAGCAGAUUGAGAGGGAGGUGCGGAUGCGGGAGGGAGCCAGUAAGCUCCUGGCAGCUUGUUCCCGGAGAGAGCAAGCCCUGGAGGCCUCCAAGAGCCUGCUGACCUGCAAUGCCCGCAUUCUGGCUUUGCUCAGCCAACUACAGAGCAUGAGGAAAGCUCAGAUCCUGCAGAGAGUGGGACGCAGGCCAUCUGAAGAUGUUUUGCCAUGUUUGGGGAAAGUUUCCCUUUCAGACCUGCGAAUCCCACUGAUGUGGAAAGACUCAGAGUACUUCAAAAACAAAGGAGAGCUACAGCGCUGUGCUGUUUUCUGCCUGCUUCAGUGUGGCACAGAGAUCCAUGAGACCAAUCUGGUGAUGGUAGACAGGACUUUAACUGACAUCUGUUUUGAAGACACCAUCAUAUUCAGCAAAGAGGUGGGUCCAGGGUUCCAGCUUCGUGUUGAGCUGUACAGCAGUUGUGUGGUCGAGGACUUCUCCCCGGGUGCUCUAGGACCCAGGAGAGUGAACCGUCUGGGGGGCACAGUGGGAUGCUCCUCUGGGAAAAAGAUCCGUGCUGUGUUUGAGUCUGCAGCUGUUUGUGGAUCCAGUGGUGGAAAUGUAGGACCUGGAAGUGUGCCUCCGCCUUUAUCCCCUGACCUGUCUGCACUGGGGCCAAAGUAUAACCUGCUGGCUCACACAACGCUGAGAAUCGAACACGUCCAGGAUGGUUUCAAGACACAUGAUUUGUCAUUAGCAGCAACAGAGGAUAAUCCAUUCUGGUUGCCUCUGUAUGGCAACGUGUGUUGCCGCCUGGUUGCUCAGCCUCUGUGCAUGAUUCAGCCGAGCAUAAGUGGCCAGCUCAAGGUUAAGCUUGGAGAGGACCUUAAUUGCUGGGAAAAUGUGUACGGCGUCCUCAGGGGACAAAGCCUUCUCUGCUAUCAGAAUCAAGAAGACCUGGAGUCUGAGGGCAAGCCAUCACUUGUAAUCCAAGUCAAAAAGGAUACCCUUGUCUGUGUGUCAGAGAGAGACCCUGUCCAUUGCCAGAGUAUAUAUAUCAACACACGGCAUCAAGGAGAGGAUGUAACCUGUACGCUCACCACGCGCACAACUGAAGACGCGCAGCGCUGGAGCGAGGCCAUCCGCCAGCACGUCUAUAACAUGAGCCAGUGGAAGCAGUGUUGUGAUCACCUCAUGAAGAUCGAAAUGCAGAUCUCCAGGAAAGCCAUUCCAGUGAAGCAGGGAUCGCUAUACCAUGAAAUAGUAACACCCUCCUCUCCCGGAGAUGGUCUUGUGGUUCCGGAUUUAUCUGUUGAGAUCCGUACUUUGCUCUCUUCCUACCACAAGGAAAGUUAUUGAUGACCCUGCCACGGUCGCGCUGGAGGAGUGAGAAACUGUUCUUAUUUUAUUCAUUUGUGGUAACCACGCCUGGUCAAGGAAACGGACAUGGACAUGAUAAAUGGUGCUAUUUCAAAAUCUGCAGAGGACAAACUUACUGUUAAUAUCAGCUAUUUUUCAUUCUUCUACCUCUCCUCUCUGAAUCGUAACUGUUUACCCAACCAGCAAUAUUAGUAAAGAAAAAAACAAAGCUGUGAAAAGUGUGUCUGAAAUACCAACCCAAAACUGACUGCAUGGCCACUUUAAAUGUACCAUUGUCUCGAAAUACUGUACAUUUUGAGCAUGUAAAGAGAGACCAGUGCACAUACCAAGUUGCCUCUAACAAUUAGUCUGUCGACCUUUAAUCAGUUCCAGUAUGUUGAUGUGAACUUGCCCAAUGUUUGUGAUGUCUGCUUUGAGAAAUUGGAGACUAGUCUGCCACUAAUGUGUUGCUAAGGUGAGUCUCAAGUGUAUGAGACACAAACAUCAACCUGCUUUCUCUCUGAAAUUGAUUGGCAGACCAUUUAAUAUAGCGAGACAAACAAUAAACAACAAAUAAAUACAAGUA